GCUGUCCAAUGCGUCGGCAAGAGUUCAUGCAUCUUUACACGUGCCAAUUUUCAUCAACUUGGCCUAAGCGCAAGAAGAUUUAUGCAUUGAACUUUUGAUUGAUUGAAAGGCAUUCAUUCCAUAAUACAGUUGAAGUGCCUGUCAGAAUGAUGGUAUAGACUUCACUUCCCGUCUUUCAUCAUCACAAGUUGAUAACAUCACAUCCUAUUUUAUAUUUGACAAAAUGGUAGGCGGAAAUUACGAAUUGGUUGCCAUGGGUAACCCAUUGUUGGACAUGCAAGCAAGAAAUGCAGAAGCAACUUUGAAAAAAUACGAUUUGAAAGCCAAUGAUGCUAUCCUAAUCGAACAAAAGCCAGGUACGGAAGCAAUUUACGAUGACAUUACAAAGGAAUACGAUAUUCACUACCUUGCCGGUGGUGCUGCUCAAAACUCUGCAAGAUGUGCUCAAUAUGUCUUACCACCAAAAAGUACAGCUUACCUUGGCAGUGUUGGUGAAGAUGAUUUGGCCAAACAAUUACGUGCUGCUAACGAAAAAGAAGGAUUGCACAGUGCAUACCAAGUCAACAAGACCACUCCAACAGGAUGCUGUGCUGUUUUGAUCACUGGCGAACAUCGUAGUUUGGUCACCCGUCUAGGUGCAGCAGAAAAGUUCACUCCUGAUCAUCUUUCUACAUCUGAAGUUGAGAAAUUGACACAAAAUGCAAAGUUCUUCUACGUUGGAGGUUUCUUCUUGACACACGGUCUUGAAUCUACUUUGAUCUUGGCUAAACGUGCAUUGGAACGUCAAACUCCAUUCUCGAUCAACCUUUCCGCACCUUUCAUUCCACAAUUCUUCAAAGAUCAAUUGGACCAAGUUUUGCCAUACACUACCUUAGUCAUCGGUAACGAAUCCGAAGCAGAAGCUUAUGCUGCUUCUCAUGGCUUGGACGGAAAGGACUUGGUCGGUGUUGCCAAACACAUUGCCCAAUUCGAAUCCAAGACAAACAAACCACGAACAGUCAUCAUCACUCAAGGUGCUGAAGAAACAUUGGUUCUACAGAGUGACAAAGUGGACAACGUAAAGAGGUACCCAGUCCAAAAGGUGUCAUCCGACAAAAUUGUAGACACAAAUGGUGCAGGUGACGCAUUUGCAGGUGGUGUUUUGGGCGCUUUAAUUUUGGGCAAAUCCAUUGAUGAAGCAGUUGAAGUUGGUCAUAAGCUCGGUGUUAUGUGCAUCGGUCAAAGUGGACCUUCGCUCAAAUUCCCCAAGGAGAACGUUCUCUGAUUUAAUCUACUUGUUGCGGCCUGCUAUCACGCAUCUCAACAUGUGAUAGCAGUAUUGACUCUCUCUCUCUCUCUUGAUUUACCCACAUAUCCCGCUCAUAAUUAUGCUCGAGCUUCACACACGCACACUUCAACCGUGUACUAUCAUCAUUGAAUGCAUUAAUAGAAACUUUUUCUCAAUAUCUGGAAUCAUUACAAAGUCGCAUUUUUCUUGUGCGAUCAAAUUAUCACUACCAUAUUUUCCUUAUUUGUUGACGAACGUGUUAUGAAAUCUUCA